AUGCGAUCAUUCGCAUCUUUGGCUGCGAUCAGCCUUGCCCUCGCCGGCCUCUCCUCUGCGAGCGACGUUCAUGACCUCAAAACAGACAACUUCAAAGAAUUCAUCUCCGAGCAUGAACUGGUCCUAGCAGAGUUCUUUGCCCCAUGGUGCGGGCAUUGCAAAGCUCUGGCACCCGAGUAUGAAGAGGCCGCAACCACAUUGAAAGAGAAGAAUAUUCCUCUCGUGAAAGUUGACUGUACAGCCGAAGGGGAUCUGUGCAAAGACUAUGGCGUUGAAGGCUAUCCUACCGUCAAGGUAUUCCGCGGCCUCGACAACAUCAAGCCAUACCCUGGCGCCCGAAAAGCCCCAGCUAUUGUCUCAUACAUGACCAAGCAGCAAUUACCUGCUGUAUCCCUCCUCACCCCCGAGACCCUGGAGGAAUUCAAAACUACAGACAAAGUCGUCAUCGUAGCGUACAUUUCAGCCGACGACAAAUCAUCCAACCAGACUUUUACUUCCCUCGCCGAAUCACUAAGAGACGAAUACAUCUUCGGAGCCUCGAACGAUGCCGCACUCGCUAAAGCAGAAGGCGUUAAGCAGCCUGCCAUUGUUCUCUACAAGGAUUUCGACGAGGGCAAGAACACCUUCACCGAGUCAUUCGACGAAGAGGCUAUUUCGAAGUUCAUCAAGACCGCCUCGACUCCUUUGGUCGGCGAAGUUGGGCCGGAGACCUAUGCUGGAUACAUGGGUGCUGGAAUUCCUCUCGCCUACAUCUUCGCCGAAACCCCAGAAGAACGAACCUCCCUGGCCGAGGCUCUGAGACCUGUCGCUGAGAAAUACAAGGGCGUCAUCAAUUUCGCAACCAUCGACGCCAAGGCCUUUGGCGCCCACGCCGGCAACCUGAACCUACCUACAGACAAAUUCCCGUCCUUCGCAAUUCAAGAGACAGUGAAGAACGAGAAGUACCCAUUCGCCGGCAAUGACCUGACUGAGAAGAAGAUCGGUGCUUUCGUCAAGGACUUUGUGGCAGGCAAACUUGAGCCAAGCAUCAAAUCCGAGCCCGUUCCAGAGAAGCAGGAAGGUCCUGUCACUGUGGUUGUCGCUCAUUCGUAUAAGGACCUCGUCCUCGAUGACUCCAAGGAUGUGCUGAUUGAGUUCUACGCUCCUUGGUGCGGACAUUGCAAAGCUCUGGCUCCAACAUAUGAGAAGCUUGCAGAACUCUACACUGGUGAUCUCUCCUCUAAAGUGACGGUGGCCAAGAUUGAUGCGACGAUGAACGACGUCCCUGAUGAGAUCGCCGGCUUUCCCACCAUCAAGUUGUACCCCGCUGGCGCCAAAGACUCUCCGGUCGAAUAUUCUGGCUCCCGCACGAUGGAAGACCUGGCUGCCUUCAUACGCGACAAUGGCAAGCACGGUGUUGACGGCAUCGCCCUCGCUAAGAAGGAUGAGAACGUCGAAAUGGAAGAUGUCUCAACUACUACCAGUGACACCGUUGCGAAGGCUGCUCCUGCGGCGACUGAAGAGGCUUCUUCGGGAGCUGCUGAUGCUAUCAAGAGUGUAGUUAGUGAGGCGGCAGAGGCGGCACAGACAAUCCUCGCUGAUACCGAUGAUGGUGGCGUCCAAGAGCAUGACGAACUGUAA